AUGGAGGAGAAACAACUCGAAAGAAAACGCUCUGGGGAAACUGAUCGUGGAAAACAAAAUUUUCUUCAAAGAUUACGUGGAAUUAAUGCAUGCACGCCUGAACGGCUCAACUAUAAAGUCUUAUUCUUUGCUUGUUAUGCUGCAUACGCCUGCUUGUAUACUUUCAUCCCGCUGUAUUUUAAACAGCUGGGCUUAUCAGCCUCGCAGACCGGAAUCCUUAUUGGUCUUCGUCCUUUGUGUCAAGCGAUCGGGGCACCCUUUUGGGGAAUCCUCGCUGAUAAAUACAAAGCUCGGAAACUGGUCCUGCUUCUCGGUUCAACUGCUUGGCUGAUCAAGAACCUGUUGAUUCUAGCCAUUCGGCCGAGUCAUGAAGUUUGCGUUGCAAAGCCUUUAUCACCUGGAAAUCAAUCUCAGUCGCUGUAUGCGGUCGCGCUGUCGAAGGAUAUAGCUAUACCGUCAAUUUCAACAGCCACAAGCAUCUCUCAUAACAAAUACAAAUACUUUGUGCAAGUGGAUAACGAUGAACUCGCGCGUAUAUUCUAUAUUUUUCUGGCGCUCGUGCUCGUGGGCGAGCUGUUCGGUUCCAUAGUUCACCCUCUUUUAGAUGGAUGCGCCGUCGAUUACCUGGGUGAUGAGAGGAAAUCAUACGGGCGGAUUCGUCUGUGGGGUUCCGUGGGAAUGGUCAUAGCCAACUUGAUGGCCGGCCUUUUAAUCAAUCAUUACGUUUACCACUACUGCGGGCAGACUCGUAAGGACUAUGCAACUGCUUUUUACCUAUUUGCUGCUUUCAUGGGGGUAACGAUCCUUCUUCUUUUUUUCGUUAAAAUCGUGUAUUCUGAGACACCAAAACAGUCGCUAAGAGAUAUCAAAGAGGUGUUCAAUUCUCGCCUUAAACUCUCUUUCUGGUUUGUGGCGAUUGCUUUUGGAAUGAGCGAUGGAUUUCAAGGCGACUUCAAUUCGUGGUUUCUUGAUGAACUUAACGCAACAUCUUUUCAGGUAAUGAAUUGUGAUAGUGCAGAAUGUCGUUAAAUGUAAACAAUAUAGGUUAACCGGUGCCUGCUUCAAAUGGUGUCUGUGUAGUGAUUUAGUUAUCACUGAGAGCGUACAUUAAAGUACACUCUAAAUCAGAAAGAUCUGUUUCAGCCCUAAAAAUAGGGCCGUUUCGGUGAGUAAAAUACAGUCCUAUUUUUGAGUCUAAUUUGGCUUCCUUAAAUCAGGGCCAAUACAGUCCAAUUAGCUAGGGCUGAUUUGACCCCAGGGCUGAAAUGGGCCCUACCGUGGGCUGGAAUAACCUUUUGAUUGAGCUUUUUUGGCCUAAAUUGUGUUCAAAUGGCUCCAGGAAGGACUGAAUUAGACUUUGGCCAGCAGGGCUGAAACAGAUCUUUUUAAUUUUCAGUGUAAGUUAAAUUCUUUAACGUUCUUUAAAAGUAACCUUCCAAACAAAGUUUUCAUCAGGGUAAAGGCAAUUAGUUUAAACAUGCUCUAGCCGGCGUGGCAGGCGCGCAAGGCAGGCGUGAAAGGUGUUCGAAAGGAAGGGGAGAAAGUUGGUUAUGCUUAAACGCGAUGGGCAAGAUGGUUCCCUUUUGGUAUAUCGCUCUCGCGUGCGCGCACGUGCUCGCGCGUCCUUCGAGCCUCGCGCACCUGAAUUUUCCCCUUUCUAAAUCCCUGCUAACUUAUUACGCCUCCCUCCUCGUGAGAUUACGGAUUUGACAAAUGAAAAACACACCUAAAUUUCAGUAUAAAAGAAAAUCGAGGGGGAACCCCCGGGGGGUACUCCCUAUUAUGGCCUAUACCGGGAGGCUCUACCCGAAAGGGGUACCUUUUUCAGGCUGCAUGAAUACGAAAGGGUAGGAAUUUUACUCGCAGAAGUAUAUGAAAGGGUGGGAAAAUCUGUCAUUUGGGUCUGUGAAAGGGCCUAAAAGGGCUAACAGAUGAAUUUUAUGGCUUUAUAAAGUCGAGAAAACGGGUUUUGUUUGGAGACUGGUUCCUAUUUAAAAGACCAUGCAUUUACAGCAGUUUUUUUUCUUUGCAUCCCUUUUUAAACAAGGUAUGUGAAAGGGAAACCAUUUUUCAAUAGAAGGUAUAAGGGGCACCUUUUUCGUGAAAAAUGGUAUAUAAAAGGGUAAGGGGUUGGACCUCGGGGCAGAGCCUCCCCGUAUAAAAAUUUGUUGAGUGCUCCCCCGGGUGGGAACUUAAACUAAGUUGAACAAACACCAGAAGCCCAUUAUGAGCUCCUGAUGUCAUCUAAGAGGCGCAUAAAAUUCAGGUUUUCCUCAAAAGAUGAUGAUUUUCACAUCCUCAUGCAUGGCACGUGAGACAAAAUCUUUUCCAAUGUGUUUAUCCAAUUUUUCGUUCUAUCCUUCCAGGUAGGGUUGGCAGCAGCCUUGCAUUUCACCACAAGCGCCCUGUGUUACUUCGCGGCGAACUAUUUCCUGGAAAUGUUUGGAUAUUUCAAAACCAUCGCUGUCGGGAUGGCCUGUUACUGUGUAGUGUUCAUAUGCUACUCUUUCACCCAUAGCCCAUGGGUGGCUCUUGCCCUCUUUGCAGUAAUCGGUGGAGUAUUUGCAGUCACGUGGACGGCGUGUGUAGCGUACGUAGGAUCAAUCUCGACUGCUAUUGGUUUAGGAGCAGCAGCACAAGGUAAAGACAACGCAGUAUAGCUGAAGAAUGCAAUUGCCUGAUUUCAAACCGAGGGAGGCAGGAUAAGAGUCUGUUUAUUAUAGUGGGAUAAACCACUAGAGAUCGACAAAAUCACAAAUACGAAAACUCCGGAGAUUUGCAAAAUCCUCAUGUUUUGUGUUUGUCAGGCCUAUAUGAACGAGAUACAGCCAUUCAAAAAUUACAAAAUUUAUCAAGAAAUAUGGACGUCCGGCAAUCCGUACAUCUCUUGGUAAGUGUUUUAAUAGGUGUGUCUUGAUCAAUAUCGGCUGUUAACACCAAACUUGAGAAUUUUCCUUUCCUCAAUGUGCUUUUCCUGACUAUGUGGGUCCCGUGUUUUUUACCCCAUAAUACACGGUCUAGUACCCUGUCGUCAUCCUCGGUUUGAAAUUAGGCAAUGAAACCCAUACCUAAGGACCGAGUGCAGGACAGUCACACUGUUGUGACUACCAAUUAUUUCUCUUAUAGUAAAAUUAAUCUAUGCACGUGUAGUAUAUUUAAAAUUCUAACAGGAUUCUACUCUUCAAUAUUCUGCUGUUCGUUGCAGAUAAUUUCUCUACGUGUUUUCCUCAAAAUAAAAUUCAUAGAUCAGGGUACUUAGACCACCUCCACUGGUUAAUCAGGUGUAAAUUAAAAAACAACCCUUGUUUUUAUUUAGCUGAGGGGGCGGGGAAUGCGUCGAAAUUUAAAGCGCAGGUCGCUAUAGGUCAUUUGCAUGAUGGCUUCUUUUUUUCUCUCAUAUUUGAAUUUGUAAUCUAAGCGAGGUUUUAAACAACAAAAUCAAGAAAAACAACGAGAUUUCACCAUUUGAAAAGUCAAUUUUUGAAAAGGUUUCACUGUGUUGUUUGUCUCUCUAGCAGCGUGUUUUUGUUCCGUGAAAUUUUGAACAGUUAUUGGAUUUAGUUUUUGUGAUAUCCGGAAUAAUGAUAAUAACACUUUGAAACCUUGAUAAUUAAGGAUAUCACAAAAACCGAAUCUAUUAAUCGUUUAUUAUACACUGUUUUGAGGAAAAUAACGAAAGCACAGCGUCGCACGGAACACACUUUGCGCUGUGGUUAGAAAUAAUGCACUGCCCACCCAACUGACCCAACCUACAUUUUUGUAGGUUGCGCUGAUUUAAAAAAAAAACGCCUGUUCGCUCUUAGCCAAUGAGAAGACAGAGAGUACGUACAGUUUAUGAUAAAAACAGAUAUCUGUUUGUUUUUUCUCAUUUUACAGGUAUUCUGAAUGGACUGUUUGUAGGUGUUGGUAACGGGUCUGGCACCAUGCUUGGCGGUUUGCUGGUCAGCAAAACUGGAAUUCGUGUAGCGUACAGACUAUUUGCUGCUUUUCUCGCCUUAGUAAUGUUGUUGUUCCUUGCCUGCCAAUGGCAGGGAGAAAACACUGAUGAUAAAACAUCGUAUCGAGCGCUACCGAACAAGGACGAGGAGGAUUCUAAUGAGUAG